AGGAUGUUAAGGACAUUGCACAAGGGUUUGAGCCAGCAGCCCAUCAGACAGGCUAGAUAUCUAUCUGAAGUUGCUGCGGAUGUCCCUCACAGCAAAGACAAAACUGAACUUAGUCACGCAAGCGAUUUACCAACGCAUGCUGAAGUGGUUGUAAUUGGUGGGGGAUCCAUUGGAAAUUCUACUCUGUACCAUUUGGGAAAAAAGGGAGUUAAAGGACUGCUGCUUGAAAAAGACCAACUUACUGCAGGUACCACGUGGCACAGUGCUGGACUGAUUUGGAGUCUCCGUCCAAAUGAUACUGACUCAAAUGUUAUCGGUCAUACCCUCGAUCUGGUGAGGUCUGGAGGUGAAAUUGAACAGUUGACUGGAAUGGAUUGCGGGUUUAACAACAACGGUGGAAUAUUUGUUGCAAAUAACAAGGAGCGGUUUGAUGAGUAUAGACGACUGAAGACGUUUGGAAAAUAUCUGGACGUUGACACGUACGUGCUAAGUCCAUCAGAGACGAAGGACUUGUACCCGCUCAUGAACGUGGACGAUGUUUACGCUACACUUUAUAGUCCAGCGGACGGUUGUUUGGACCCCUCCACGUACGUGAGCGCGCUGUCACGUGCAGGAACCAUGCUGGGCGGCCAGAUUGUCACUGAAACUACUGUCACUGGUAUCGAAACUGAAACAACUAGAGGUAGAAAAAGGGUGACUGGAGUACAGACAAACAAAGGGCUGAUCAAAACGGAAAAGGUUAUAAAUUGUACGGGUGCUUGGGGUCCUUAUAUAUCUGAAAUGGCAGGAGUUGAUUGUCCUCUAGUUCCGUUCAGACACGCGUACGUGGUCACUGAAGACAUCGAAGGGAUUGAGAACAUGCCGAAUGUUCGAGAUCACGACCUGUCAGCUUACUUACGUCUGCAAGGGAACGGGCUAAGUGUCGGAGGUUACGAGCCCCAUCCUGAUCUUCUACCUGACGGUGUAGCGAAAGACUUUGCGUUUGGUUUGUACGAGUUAGAUUGGGACACAUUCGGCUUCAACAUAGAAGCAUGUAUAAAGCGUGUGCCGAUUAUCGAGUACACGGGGCUGAAGAGCACAGUAUGUGGUCCUGAAUCGUUUACGCCGGACCAUAAGCCCUUACUUGGAGAAUCGUUAGAUUGUCGUGGAUUCUAUCAGGGCUGUGGGUUUAACUCAUCAGGUAUAAUGUUGGCGGGAGGCUGUGGUCGUGAGUUAGCGAACAUGGCUGUGGAGGGUACCACUUCCAUUGACAUGUUCGGGUACGAUGUAAACAGGUAUCAUCCGGACUGUACCAAGAACAAGGCUUGGGUGUUGGCGAGAUCACAUGAAGCGUAUGUUAAAAACUACGCGAUGGUAUUUAUCCACGACGAGAACCUGGCGAUGCGCGAUAUGAGAACGGACGUGUUACACGAAACUUUGCUAUCGAGGGGAUGUGUUUAUCAACAACGACAAGGUCAUGAGAGGCCUGGUUACUUCGCUAUUCACAAGGAUUCGGUUAACGAGAAGCUUGAUUAUGAUUGGUACGGUUCGUACGGUAACGAAGUUCAUCCUGAAUACCCUUACAGAGAUCGGUUGGGCGAAGAGUACACCUUUGGUUAUCCCCAGCAUUUUGAUGUUAUCGGAGCUGAGUCACAUGCUUGUCGUGAGCGAGCAGCUCUCUUCAACAUGAGCUAUUUUGGGAAAUUCUUUUUGACCGGUCCAGACGCUCAGGCUGUUGUUGAUUACCUCUGCUGCUCUAACAUAAACAAAGGACCCGGAGGGACGGUGUACACCAACAUGCUCAACAAGAACGGGGGUUCUGAAAGUGACCUCACAGUCUCACACAUAGAACCGUGUCCAGAGACAGGGCAUGACAGGUUCUACGUAGCCUGUGGAGGGGGAUCCUCCUACAGGGACAUGGGCCACAUUCUCAACGUUAUUGACGAUAAGAAGUUUGAUUGUUCUGUUGCCGAUCACAGCUCAGAUUAUGGUAUGCUCAGUCUACAGGGACCCAAAAGUAGAGCAAUCCUGGAGAGUAUCUGUGACAAUGAUUUGUCAAACGAGGCGUUCCCCUUCUCAUCACAUCAGCUCACCACUAUUGGUGGCCACGAGGUUCGCCUGAUGAGGUUGACGUUUGUGGGAGAGCUAGGCUGGGAGUUGCACAUUCCUUCAGACGCCCUAGUGGACGUGUACAACACAGUGAUGGCUGCUGGAGAACCUCACGGUAUUGUGGACUCUGGUUACCGUGCUAUUGAUUCACUCAGCUCUGAGAAAGGGUACAAACAUUGGCACGAGGAUGUACGACCUGACACGACCCCAUUGGAGGCAGGCAUGGCCUGGUUGGUUAACUCCAAACUCAAGACUGGUGUUGAUUUCUUGGGACGAGAUGCUCUGUUGGCUCAGAAGAAAUCCGGGAUUAAGAAACGUCUUGUGUGCCUUAAGGUCGAGAGCCCAGUACCACUGGUGACACUAGAAGCGAUAUCACGUGAUGGUGACGUGGUGGGGUGGGUGUCUCGUACUGCGUACGGGUACAGUGUGGGGUGUAACGUAGCGUGGGGCUACAUUGAGCAUCCUGAGAAGAUAAAACUGGAUUGGGUCAAGUCUGGCAAAUAUCAGGUGGAGUGUAUGGGGGAAGUAUACGAUGCAGAGGUCUCCUUGGCGGCACCUUUCGAUCCCAAGAACCUGAGAGUUAAAGGCAUUUACGAAUAAAACGCCACUGCUUGAACACUAAAACAAUCAAUACUUUUUUGACUAUGAGAUUUGUGGAACUCGAGAGUAUUAUGGCUCGGUAUCGUAGAGGUAUUAUGUAGCUUGUUAGGACUUAAUAAAUUUAACUUUAUCUGUGUUAUUAGGAAAUCGAACUAGAAUUUUAUGAUAACUUCAUACUUAUCGAAACAAUUUGUGAAUGUAAUUAAUGUAGAUUUCAGUAACAGUUAAAAAAGUAUAUUUCAGAUAUAUUUGCUAAAGUAGCUAAACGUUUAACUUAUUUGCUAAUUUCUGUACCUCGAUUAUAUUUAUGGAUUUAUUAAUCAAUACUUUUAUACUGGGAUGAAUAGAAGCGAAAUUUUUAUGAGAAUAUAAAUAAACUGUUUUUUAUUAUUUUUAUUAUUU